AGCAACUGCUGGACCCUUUUAAAGGCUCUUCCCUAUUCAUGAAUGAGAAGGAAGUUAAAGGCUUGAGAAUGAACAAGUCAUUCGGAAAUUCGGACGAAAUUUUGAUGGUAAAGCUGAAGAAGAAAAUCAUGACAUUCAGUGACAUCAUUGACCUACCUCCUCCUGAUCGUUCAAAUUCAAUAGGACAGCUGGUGAUGAGGACAAUUAAAGAUCUCCAAAAUCUGUAUCCUGAAAUCGUUCCGAGGAUUCAGUUAUCAGAAAUGAAAGAAACAUCUAUAGAUCAAGUUCUGGAUCACUUUUCAAAGACUUUGAAAUCCGUAGAAAGUUCGUGGACGAUGCAUAACGAAUCCAUGGACAUAUUUGAAUUGGAUAUGCACGGAGAUAUGGAGAACAGCAACACAGAGCACCGUGUUGAAAGUGUAAUGGCAACACUAGAUUCCUUGAUUAGGAUAGCCAGAGAGAAGUUUGAUAUGAUGGAUGAAGACGAGGAGAAGAAAGAUUCAAGUCCACGAGGUAGUCAAUCGGCGAAAAUCCUGGAGAGUUGUUCAGACUACGACGGCAGCUCUCUUUGUGGCUCACCAGCCACGCCGACCUCGGUGCUUCCGGAAAUGAGAAAGGCUGGAGAGUUUCGAAGUAAUACAUCUUAUACCUCACUUCUUUUCUUGUCUCUAAGAGUUCAAGCAGUGGGGAAAUUAAACCCCAUUGAUGUCAAGCGCCUGUCUUUCCAUAUGCCUCCUCAUGCCGGAGUUCAAGUUUCAAGGACUUCCACUCAAAACAACAUUAUUGCUGAUGAAGUUAUGGAAGAUGCACAAGUGAAUAAAGCACCAGCUGCUAUUAUUGAAGACACACAAGAACAUUACACUGAAACUGAAAAGCCAAAGGAUUUGGUGACAGCUCCUGUAGCCAUAGCAAGGGAACCUUCAUCACAGCCAAAUUUGUCUCCAAAUGUAGCACUAGUACCAUCAACUCCUACACCACCUCCAUCACCUGAUUUCCGGCCAAACUUAACACUUACACCGCCACUGCCGCCACCACCACCACCCAUGUGGAAGUCAAAUCUCACAGCAGCACAAUCAAUGCCGCCGCCACCACCGCCUCCCCCUGCAAAGUUAGGAGCUGUAUCAGCAGCACCUCCACCACCUCCACCACCACCUGGAAGGUCAGGAGCAGUAUUAGAAGCACUAUUAGCAAUGCCGCGGCCGCCACCGAUGCCAGUUGUAAAUGGAGCUGCUGCACCUCCACCUCCUCCAGUUGGUGUAGUGCGAUCCUUGCGACCCAAGAAAUCAACUAAAUUGAAGAGAUCAAGCCAAAUGGGGAGUUUGUAUCGGCUUCUAAAAGGGAAGGUAGAAGGGAAUGAUUUAAGUAAAUCAACAGGUGGAAGAAGGGGCGUUGGUGGAUCUGGAGCUGGAGCUGGUGGAAAAGGAAUGGCUGAUGCACUAGCAGAGAUGACAAAGAGAUCGGCUUACUUCCAAAAAAUUGAAGAAGAUGUUCAAAAGUAUGCAAAACCAAUUACAGAGUUGAAAUCUUCAAUUAGUAUUUUCCAGACGAAGGACAUGGCCGAGCUGCUUAAGUUCCAGAAACAAGUAGAAUCACUACUUGAGAAUUUGACUGAUGAAUCUCAGGUGCUAGCGCGAUUCGAAGGCUUCCCUUUAAAGAAGUUGGAAACAUUGAGGACAGCCACAGCAUUAUACUCAAAGUUAGAAGCAAGGGUUACUGAAUUACAAGAUUGGAAGAUUGUGGCUCCCUUGAAGCAACUGCUGGACAAGGCUGAACGUUACUUUAACAAGAUCAAAGGAGAAAUCGAAGCAUUGGAGAGAACAAAGGAUGAGGAAAUCAAGAAAUUUCGGACUCAUAAUAUCCAUGUCGACUUCAGCAUCCUCAUCAAAAUCAAAGAACUAAUGGUGGAUGUUUCCUCCAGCUGCAUGGAGCUUGCACUACAGGAAAGUAGAGAAGCAAAAGCAGAAGCAGCAAAUGGAAACAAAUGUGAAGGAAAAGCACAGGAAUGUGUUAAAAUGCUAUGGAGAGCAUUUCAGUUUGCCUUUCGGGUUUAUAAUUUUGCCGGAGGACAAGACGAUCGAGCUGACAAUCUCACCCGAGAACUGGCUCAUGCAAUUGAGACAAUUCCUAGCCAGAAUUGAUAUCAAGCUCGAUCUCCAUCUUCUGAGAGGCCUUGUUAUGCUACUUUUGUUUAAGUAGAGAAAUUUAUGGUAGGAUUUUAGAACUACUUCUUCCUUAAAGGGUUUGGAUAAUUGGUUGUGCUACUGGGGAACCUUAUUGAGAGAGCAAACUGCAAGCUUCAU